UCUAUAACACCGCUAGAUUAAUUUGUUCUUUAAAUCAUUUUUUCGCUGGUAAAAUUAUUCGUUUCAUUUUAUUAUUUUUAAAAGUUGAGACUGCUACUUCUACUACGACUACUGAAAAAUUAUAACAGGGUUUAAAAAAUUAAAAUAGGAGAGAGGUAGAGAGCGAGAGACAGAAGGAGAAAGAAGGAAGUAAAAGACAGCAACUAUAAUAACAGUAACAACAACAACAAUAAUAAUAAUAUUAAAUUACUUUAUGCUAAUAAUUAAUUAAAACUUUUGAGGAAAAUACUGUUAGUGAUGUCAAAUCCACCGACAGAACGGUUGAACGAUAGUAUGGAGGAGAAGAAGAACGGGAAAAAUAAGAAAAAUAACGGAAAGCUACAGAAGCAGCCAUCAAACGAGGAGAAAUUUGACGGACCAGGAGUCAAUUUUAAGGGGAAAUUGAUUGGAUUUGAAUCCGUCAGCGAGUCUAAAGGCGAGAGAAUGUGCCAAGUGGCAAUGGCUAAGCUGAAGGCAGCCGUGAUAGCGUUAGGAGUGCACAAGGAGAAAAUAACCCUUAAUUUAUCUUUAGAAGGGAUUACUCUGUAUGAUGACAAGAUGGAGGACCAACUCUAUCGUCACCUCAUUGAAAAAAUUUCAUUCGUGUCUCGCGAUGCCAGCGACUCGCGUGCCUUCGGUUACGUGUUCAAUGAAGAUGACGAGAAGUAUCGGUUCUGUGCCAUCAAGACGGAAAAAAGUGCUGAGCCAGUGAUGGCGACGUUGAAAGAGCUCUUCAAGGCAUACUACGAGAAGCAAGAAGGAAAAAGUGGAAAUGAUUCAACCAGCCAAACAGAAGAAUCAGCUAAUCAGACGUCGACAGCAGCUCAACCUUCUGAUGGAGCUACUACGCCAGCUGCUAGCAACGCUGCUGCUGAUAGCGUUUUACUGGAAAAUAAAAUUACACCUAUGGAAAGUGUUAGUGAUUUUUUAAAGUAA